AUGGACAACGUCCCGAUCCGCGACCGCCAUGCCUCCAUCAUUCUAGUCGGACUGCCCGGCGCAGGCAAGCGAUCGCUAUCGUUCAUCGCAGCUUCGUACCUAGGAUGGCGCUGGAUUAGUGGCGGUUUAUACUUUCACAGAGCCACAGGCAUCUCCGAGAAGGCUUUCCUGGACAAAUUCGGCCACGAGCAGUUUCAAGCCCGUAUGCUCGAUGUUGUGCGGCAAAUGCUUUUGCAGAAUCCGCAGGAAGCCGUUAUUGACUGUGGCUAUGCCAGUCUGCAUGAGCCGGUUCACGAUUUGUUACAAGGAUACCGCACCACGCGCCGAGUUGUUCACAUUUUAAGGUGCUACAAGCAGAUCUCAAGGCUGGACGACCUCAGUGAAGAAGCCUUACUCCGCAUGCAAAGGCCUGAUCACGCCUUGCAUCAGUGUGCCGAUUUCACCUAUUUCAAUCUACAUGACUCUACUGCUGCAGCAGUCUUGGAUGACACCACAGCGUCGGCAACGCCACAUCAGUCCUUCGCACUAAGAAGUGCUAAAUGCGAUAUUGAAAGCUAUGUGGACCGCCUCCUUGGUCGGAUUCCCGUCAAAGACACUGGUGUCUUCUCAAUGGCCGGUCUCUCGCUGGAGAGGAGGGCCCGCAGUUACGUGAUCACGCUCAAGCUUUCUGACUUCGCCUCUAGCACCUUGGAUCUGACCUCUCUCGAGCUGUGUGAAGAUGCCGUCGAGCUGAAGAUUGACACUGUCUCAAAUACCCUGCUGCGAGACACUGCCAGGUUUGUAGCAAGUCUCCGCCGUCACAUGGACGCCGAGCUCAUCUACACCAUUGAUACGAUUGUGAUGGCCGAAGCACGAUUCACUACCGAUCAGCUUACAUCGCUGCUCCAAUUUGGUGCCAGAGUCGCUGUAGAUUAUAUUACCGUUGAUCUGGAAAUGCCGGACGCCGUACUUCACGCGAUGAUCCGCAACAAAUCGUCUACUCGGCUCAUCGGUCACAAACAUUUCGCUCCGGCUUUAGGAGGCGGGUGGCUCGACCCUGCCAGAUCGCAAUCCUUGCAACAAAGCCAUUACGCCAGCCUUGACGUUUUACGGUUCACGCAGGAAGCUUUAUCGCGAGAUGACAACGAGGGUGUUGUAAACUUCCGUCGCGAGGCGAGGUCGCGGGUUGGACAUAUACCGGUGAUAGUGGCAUACAAUACCGGGCAUUUGGGCAGGACUUCGCUGGUCACAAGCAAUGUUCUUGUUCCCGUGAGCCCAAGAUUCUUCCCACUGAACGUGAUGGAUGCCAGCAUCACCGAAUUCGACCUCCAAAGAGCUACUGCCGCCUUAUUCCACACAUACCAAUACGACUCGCUCAUCUACACUAUGGUGGGUGACAAUGUACUGCAGAGCCGAACACCACAGAUGCACAAUGCAGCAUAUAAGAUACAUGGUCUUCUGCAUUCUUUUCGGCCGCUCGUAACGUCUUCCUUCGAGGAUGCGCUUCACGCGUGGUAUCAGCCCGAUUUCGGCGGCUCGGCUGUCAGCUACCCUUACAAGGAAAUAGCAUGUCGGGCGUGUCUCGAAACCAGUCCUCACGCGUCGGCGAUCGGGUCCGUCAACACCGUCCUACCAUUGCGACGAAGUGCAAAGUUGCCGCAGCAAGCAGCACUGGUGCGCAAUACCGCAGGCGAAGCUGCUGGUUUAUACGGAGAUAACAGUGAUUGGUACGGAGUCUAUGCGUGUCUGCGAGAAGCGAUGUCACCUUGGAACUCCGCAAACAUACCAAAGGCCACGACGCUGGUAUUCGGCGCUGGUGGCACAGCCCGUGCGGCUGUGUAUGCGCUACUGCAAAUUGGAUACAGAUCAAUCUUUCUGCGAAAUCGAACGCAAUCGAACGCCGAGCGAGUAGCGGCACAUUUCAACAAAUGGGCUUACGACAACCUUGGUACCCGCUCGGAGGUUGUACGCUACUUACCCGCCCUUCAGUCUGCAUGGCCCACAGGGCAGUCUUUGCCAUCCGUAAUCAUAUCAUGCAUUCCAGCGUCUCGGCUGAAUGACACCACCACACUGCCCUCAAUUUGGCUCUCCAAUGCACAUGGCGGGGUCGCGGUCGAUUUCUCUUAUGCUCCGGUUGAUACACCUCUGCUUUCUUUAGUGCGUCGACACGAAGCUACUACGGGUCAACCGUGGUCCACUGUUGACGGCUUGCAAAUCCUGCUUGAACAGGGCAUGAGACAAUUUGAACAAAUGACAGGACGUCGAGCGCCGGUCAAGACGAUGCGGCAUGCAAUGUAUGCCGAGGAUUCGCCUGAAUGA